AUGAUCACGCCAGAAAUUCCAAACCUUCAUUGUCCAAACUCACUCCGGAUUUGGCCAUUAACUCGUAGUUCAGUGAGAUCAACUUCCUGCCAGCCAACAGACUCCCAGCCCACAACCACCCAGCCCACAACCUGCCAGCCCACAGUCUCCAAGCCCACAGCCUCCCAGCCCACAGCCUCACAGCCCACAGCCACCCAACCCACAGCCUGCCAGCCCACAGCCUCCCAGCCCACAGCCUCACAGCCCACAGCCUCACAGGCCACAGCCACCCAGCCCACAGCCUCCCAACCCACAGCCCCCCAGCCCACAGCCUCCAAGCCCACAGCCUCCCAGCCCACAGCCUCCAAGCCCACAGCCUCCCAGCCCACAGCCUCACAGCCCACAGCCUCCCAACCCACAGCCCCCCAGCCACAGCCUCAAAGCUCACAGCAUCAGAGACUGAAUGUUUAUGUACGAAAAACACCCCACACAUGA